GGGGAGGGGAAGAAGAGAUCCCCCGCCACAAAUGGACUCAGCUAAUCGAUAUAACCUGCAAAAAGAUGCCCGGGGAUGAAACACGGCGCAGGGGGACCGAAACACAGUGAAGGUGGAUCCUGAAGUUUCAGCAAAUCAACUAUUGCUCAGAGCUCUCGCAGGGCAGAGCCCUGGAGCGAUAACACCGGCGUCCUCUGAAAGUUUGAGGACACAGAGACGUCACCAACCACGCAACUGGCCUAUUCUGUCAUGGUUGACUGCAGCAGUAAUGGAAGCAGGAGAGAGGAGGAGGAGGAGGAAGAGGAGGAGAAAGAGGGAGAGAGAAAACCGAGAGCAACACCUAAGGAAGAGCGAGAAGUUGCUGCAGGAUCUGGACACUGCCGAGAUGGUUGGACACUUCCGGUCGGUCAGAUUUUGGGCCGGCGAACACAGCCCACUUUUUACCCUGGAGGGAGGGGAGCGAUGGCAAAGGGUGCUGCUGUGGACAGGAGCCGAGAUGUCAGCAGACCGGCCCUUAAUCCUGCUUGCGGUCCGGCUAUUUCGGAGAGACAAGCACUUAGCGCGGGGAGGGAACAGCGAAGGAUACCCACAAAUUUCGGGCGCCGAGACCCGGGCGGCGUGUGCUCAGCCAGUCCCACUUCCUGCCCCGGACAGCAGAUAGAAAGGGAUUUGUACAAAAGCAUCCUAAUAACAAAACAAAACAAAACAAAGCAAAACAAAACAAAAAACACCCUUGUGUCCUCACAUUUAAAAUACAGAUAUAUUACGCAAACAGCUUCUAAGAUUUUUUUGUAGAUGUUGUCUUUAGCAAAUAUCAAUUGCAUUAAAAAAAAACAGCUAGAGGGGGGAUAGAAGGAAAAAUAUGGGCCCCCUCCUCCCUGGAGAGAGCCUUUAUGCAAGGGGUGGCUGAGAUCUAGAAAACGCCGGAGGGGCCCUGGGUGCGUUGCGCGGGCGCGGAGGCAGAGCGCCCGCGGGCACGGCCGGCUCCCCUGCGACCGCGCAGGGGAAAUACAUUGCAAACGGGCAAGGACACUCGGGCAUACGGGAAAAACCGAUCACAUUUGCAAUCAAGGCGCCUCGGCUUUACCCUGAUGGUUAUGUUUAGGUGCCCCCAGCCCACGCACUUCAGGUAGCUGUGCCGGGGAGCUUUCCUGUGCUGAGACAGGUCGGCUCGGGAGCGGGACUGAGAAUCUGGGUGCAAAUAAAUGCUCGUGUUGGCACUCGGUUUGAUGAAACUAAUUUUGUAUAUGCACAUGAGUGCGUUCAUCUAUAGAUCGCCGUAGGUUUAUACCCGUUUUCCACACACGCUGAGUGUUCGUACUGCACACUUACUCGUCUAUUUUGCUAUAGGUCUGGAAGAGGUUGUCUGCAUAGAAAAGCGUGCCUGCAUGCAUUUGAGAAAUCGUUCGGAGCUCGUUUCGUUCACUUUUUGUUGUUGGUGGUGGUGGUUUUUGAGAGAGAGAGAGAUGUACGUAUUUACCUGCGCGGGCGCGUGUCUUUGUGCGUGGGUAGUGCUGUGAGCUGAGGGGUUGUAGCUUUUUGCCUUUGUGAGUACAUUUUUGGUAAUGUGUGCUUGGAAAUCGUUCGUUUCCAAAGAAUGA